GAGAAGGAAGCCCUAGGAACUCGGGGGAAGAAAAAAAAAAGUAUAAAAAGGUAGCCCGCACUCGCCAAGGAGGAAGAUUCCUUUCUUCUUUUUUUUUCAUUCGAUCUUCAUACAUUUCCUCUCUCCCUUGGCCUCAUCCGGUUGCAUCCCAUCUGUUUUUGUACAUACACGCACAGCCAUUUCUGUCAACAAAGCUGCAUGCGCUACCUGUUGUAAUACCUCAAGGAAUUAAAUCACACGAAAAUGGCAACCACAAAGACAUGCCGCGACGUCGAUGAGACCCCUCGCACGUCCUGCGAGAUCGCCCCUGCCCACGCAAUCUAUACCACCCGUACCAACACACUCCUCCCCCCAUCGUCCUCGGCCGAGAAAUGUGUCAAGUCCACAGCACCCUCCUUCAUCGGGAUCAGUCAGUCGCCCACCCUGGUCGACAUCUCGGACCGUGCGCCUGAUGGUGGUCUCCGUGCAUGGCUUGUCGUCCUCGGGAGCUUCCUGAUCCACUGUUUCUGUUUCGCACCUACCGAGUACAUCUUUAGCAUGUUCGAGAAUCAUUACCUGGAACUCUACCCAUCAUCAAGCCACGGUUCCAUUGCAUUCAUCGGGACAUUGGGCUCAAGCACAACUUACUUUGCCGGCUUCGUGAGCGGGGCCUCGGCCGACAAAUUUGGGUACCGCUUCACCGCUCUUCUGGGCACUGCUGUGAUGGCCGUUGCGUUGCUCCUGGCGUCGUUCGCGACCCAGGUCUGGCAACUAUACCUUUCCCAGGGUGUGCUUUUUGGAAUCGGUGCCUCCCUGGUCUACUACCCUGCGAUCGGUGCACCCUCACACUGGUUCGACGCCAAGCGUGGCCUCGCCCUCGGCCUGGCUGUCAGCGGCACCGGACUCGGUGGACUGGGCCUUGCGCCUGCUACCCAGGGAUUGAUUGAUGCCCUCGGCGUCGGCUGGACACUUCGUGCCCUCGCGCUUUUCUGCGUCAUUGUCUGCGGCGGCGCCAGUUUCUUGAUCGCCGAGCGAGAGAAUGGUAAGAAGGUCCCUGAACCCUCACCUGCGAUGACCGACGUGGAGAUUGGUCAGAUCAACGAGAAGUUGUCUCCUGAGAAAAUGAAGCCUACUGGCGUGGCCGGCUUCUUUGCGGAGCUCAAGGUGUUCAAGAACCCCCAGUUCCUGUCCUUGACCUUUGCAGAACUCACGGCCUCGAUUGGGUUCCUCAUUCCCAUGUACUACUUCCAGACCUACAGUCUGUUCAUUGGGUUGACCGCCCAGGACGGUGCCUUGAUCGCUGGUCUUUCCAGUGGUGCCUCCUGCCUCGGCAGGAUCGUCCUCGGUUACGCUGCAGACCGUCUCCCCAAGACCGUGGUCGUUAGCUGCUGUGCUUGGAUGACGGCGGGUUCGGUCUUGAUCAUCUGGACAUUUUCCAAGUCUUUUGGGGUCUACCUCCUGUUUGCGAUCCUCUACGGCUUCUUCGCCGGCGGUUACGUGUCUCUGGUACCCCUUGUCCUCUCCGAGACCUUUGGAGCGCACCAGCUCUCGACCGUGAUCGGGUUCAUGUACGCGGCCAGCGGAGUCGGCAUGUUGGCCGGUGCUCCUGUUGCGGGAAUGAUUUUGGAUGGCACGAAGCCCAAUCUCUCGUAUCUGCCGGUGAUCAUGACUGCAGGUGGCACUCUGCUUAUGGGAGCGAUCUGCGUCUCUGCCUGGGUUUUCUUCAGAAGGUUGGACAAGAAGUCUAAGCGGAUCGGGGUUGCUUCCUCUGCGGGAUCGGUCGUCGCAGAUCUAUAGAUCAACAGAUAGCUGUUGUUUUUGAUCGACCGAGAGAAUUCCCCCCCUCCCUCCUUCUUGCUCUCUCCCUUCUUUCCACCGCCUGUACAGUUCACGUUUGACACAUAUACCUCCACCCUCCCUCCCUUCAUAUAGAAACAGCAUCCUCAUCAUGAAACCACUUGCAUCUCCCAUUUUCCACCUGUCCAUAGCACAUUGUAUUUUAGAUUCAUUCCGGUAUGACACCAUUAAAAAGAGAAACUGCUGACAGUGC